AUGUGUGAAGAUUUCUCAAAUUCAUUGAUGCAACUUUGUGGCCUCCCAAAAUGGAAAAGUUUGGCAUAGUUAUGCUUGGAAGCCAGGUUAACAAGGAUGCACUCCAAGAGCAAAAUAUAGCUGUUGGUGGAGUCUGUAGGGUGCAGCUAUACUCAUCCUAAAAAACUGUCAGAGGAUAUUGGCAGGGCAGAAGAGACAGGCAAAUAACAUGAAGCCAAGAAAACUCCUCUUUUUAAUGAUUUCAGAAUAAGAAAGUAUCAGUCAAAUGAAGCAGCCCAUGCAGUGGACGUGCUUUUUAAUCCCACAAUGUCGGAAGCCACAUCUCCAGAAAAUAAAAGACCCCGGAGAAGCUUGUCCCUCAGUAAAAACAAGAAAAAGAACGAAGCAGAAGUUAAAGGAGCACCACCCAUACCUUCAGCUUCUUCCUCUAUCCUUUCAUUUUUUAACAACACUCCCCCUGCCAAAGUCACCUGCCCUAUGUGCGGGCAGAUGGUGCCAAGGUAUGGGAUCAACAAGCACAUAGAUGAAAUGUGUCAGAAGAACCAUGGGGAUGGUGAAAUGAUUCUAGUUGAUUCAGGACUUGACUGUUUUAUGAAUGAGGGCCCAUCAGGUAUAGAUCUGAACACUUGUUCCAGCCCAUACUUUGCAAAGGAAGCUUCGACUCCAGAGAAAAAUAUGAGUAUCUUUGAAAGCAACUUGUUGAAAAUGAGAGCAGGUGCAGGACAGCAGACUAGUCCUUACUUUAAGAAGAAUAAUGCUCCAAUGUGCGAUGUUCAGAAUGAGCCAAGGGUGCAAAUGGUUAAAAGUGUCUCUCUGGGCAACUUGGCAUCUAAACUGUCCAGAAGGUACCGUAUCCAGAAUAGACAACUGAUAGAAGAAAACGAGAAGAAUUCUUCAUCUCAAGCUGUUCACAGUGUGUGUGACAAUUCUGCAGAAUGGGGUGAUGGAGAGACUUGUGCUGGGGAUGGCUCUCAAAAAGAGAAUCACUUUGUUCUGUCAGGAUUCCAAAAGCAGCAUGUCCCAAAAGACAGUUUAACAAAAGAACUUGAAAGUCAGGGAGAAACACAAGAAUGUGAUAAAGAGACUCUUGUGGGUUCUGCUCAUGGAUUAGUAUCCUCAGUUAGCAUUGUUGCCAGGGAGCUAGUGUCUGCUGCAGGGAACACUGAAAAACACAGUUAUUCUGAAGGCAUGGUGCCUAAUCUUGGCAAACAUACACCUCCAGCAAGUUAUAAUAAAGUAGAGAGAUCUGAUGUUUCAGAAGCCAAAACUCAGUUCUCUGUUAAGGAUAUUCCUCCUUCAAGGACACAAGUGAUGUAUGAGAGCCAUACAGAAAACUGCCUAGUGAAGGAUAAUACUGGAACACUUCCUAUGGAAGUUCAUGAAGACUUAAGGAAUGAGAUGAUUUAUCAUACCUUCUCAGAACCUAUGCAAGAGGUGGAUUUUCAGAGUCCUGCCAGUGACAUUUUAGACAAAAUAAGUGGUGCAUUUGAUUCUGCGUCUGACUCUUUUGGUCACCCAUAUUAUCUCCAGAAUUUCCUGAUGGUCCUGCAAGUUGUCUUGGAGAAUCAUGAUGAUCUGAGACUCUUUGAUGAGCAAGACACCAGCACUAUCACAAAGUUCUACCAAUUGUCAGCUGGUGGUCAGAAGUUAUAUGUAAGACUUUUUCAACGCAAGCUGAAUUGGAUAAAAAUUAACAAAAUAGAAUAUGCAGAGAUCAGUGCAGAUUUGUUGCCAGUAAUUGGAGAAUUGGUUAAAGCAGGUUUUCUGCAAACAGAAUCUGAAUUACAAGACCUUUCUGAGGGGCUGGACUUGCUUUCUGCUCCUGAGCUAAAAACAUUAGCGAAGACCUUUCACCUGAAAAACCCAAAUGGUCAGAAACAGCAGCUGGUGGAGGACUUUCUCAGACUGGCAAAACAACGUUCGAUCUUCAGCAGGAAUCAGGCUGGUAUUGGGGCAGUGAUUUUGAAAAGGGCUAAGGACCUUUCUGGGAAGUCUGUCAGGGUCUGUAAAGGCCCCCGAGCAGUAUUUUCUCGAGUUUUACUGCUGUUCUCACUGACUGAUUCAAUGGAGGAUGAGGAAGCAGCUAGUGGUGGCCAAGGCCAGCUUUCCACCUUGCUUAUGGUAAACAUGGGUCGUACGGUGUUUCCCAGUUACACGGUAAAUAGGAAAACAGCAAUCUUCCAGGACAGAGAAGAUCUCAUCAGAUAUGCAACAGCUGCUCAUUUGUCAAAUGAUGUAGCCACUGCAAUGGCUAAUGGGAAUUGGACAGAAGCUAAAUAUCUCUAUAUGUGUGCAAAAGAAACCUGGCAUGAACUGAAAAAUCAUCCUUCUUUGAGAUGCCAUAGAGACUUACCUGAGUAUCUGCGACAUUUUACAGUUGGGUGGAUGUAUACAAGGAUCCUCUCUCGAGGGGUUGAAAUACUGCAGAGACUGCAUAUGUAUGAGGAGGCUGUGGAAGAACUGCAGUAUCUUUUGUCUCAGGAAGUGUAUUGUACAGACAGCAGAGGACGAUGGUGGGAUCGACUGGCUUUGAAUUUACACCAACACUUGAAACGCAAUGAGCAGGCUACUGAGUGCAUUAGAAAAGGGCUGUCAGAUCCAUUUGUGCGCACAGGCCAUCGACUCUCUCUCUACCAGCGUGCACUGCGAUUGAAAGAGUCACCAAGCUGCAAGAAGUUCAGGAGCCUCUUUCAGGGGCUGCCUGUCAUAACUCUGGAAGAUGUUACACAUGUUACAAUCAAAGGAAAGAUGUGUCCCCAAACAGGGGUGGGAAAAUCUGUGUUUCUAGUGGAGGACGUUGAUGAUCAAGAGGAAGGAGAAGACUUCACUCUGUCCACAAUCAUGUGUUCAGUCGAGGAGCUGGCAUUAACACAUUACAGACAGAAUGGCUUUGAUCAGGGGAUUCAUGGAGAAGGGUCCACAUUUAGUACACUCUAUAGCCUUCUAAUGUGGGACAUUAUUUUCAUGGAUGGCAUACCAGAUGUUUUCAGAAAUUCUUAUCAGGCAUUCCCCCUGGAUUUGUAUACUGACAGCUUCUAUGAGAACAGGAAGGACGCCAUUGAAUCUAGACUCCAGCUACUGCACGCGGCUUCCUCAGAGACCCUGAAAGAGAUGAUUGCCAAUGUCUGGAAUGCUCAAGAGGGAAAAGCAGCCGCACUAGUUAGCUGGGACCGGUUUACUUCUCUCCAGCAGGCUCAGAGUCUAGUGGCUUGCUUUGGGGGACCUUUUCUGAGUGGUGUAUGUAGGAGGCUCUCCAAAGAUCUGCGCCAUUGCAGAGGGGGUCUUCCUGAUCUAGUCGUGUGGAGUACGCAAGAACACCGCUUCAAGCUGGUGGAAGUUAAGGGUCCCAAUGAUCGCCUCUCCCACAAACAGAUGAUUUGGCUGGAUGAACUGAAGAAGCUGGGAGCUGCUGUAGAAGUUUGUCAUGUGGCUGCAGUUGGAGCUAAAAAGUGAACCAAGAUUCAUCUCAAAAGAACAUCUCAGUGGAUCAUAAUUACAAAACACCCUUGCUUCAAAUACAGUAAUCCUAUGCCUGACAAAGUACUGGUAAAGUAAUGAAUGUUUUCUCUCUACAGUGCAAUGAGUGUCUGGAAAGAAGUUAACUGUGCUGUCUCUUUCUGUUCUUUGUUAUUUCAACCUCUCGCAAUCUCAUCUGCUCUUCUCCCCCAUUUUCCACAUGUUUUCCUGAGCCUGAGUUGUCUUUUUUUCCCCUAUUCUUUUGCCUAGCUGCAUUAUUUCCUUUACUCCCAGACAUGUUCUUUGCUGCUGGUGCAUGGCAGCUCUAUUCCUGCUAGUGGCUCCAAUCCCUGAGGGGGGUUUCUUUUUAUUCUCCUUAAGUGCCACCCCAAGAGACACUUUAGGCUGGCUCCUCCUUGUUUCCAGCUGAUUUUACAGGCCUCCAGUCUCUUUCUUGCAGUGUAGAGCCUGGAAUACCAUAGAAGUGUCUGAAGACCACCAAAGCCAGGUACCAUGUUGCCAUCCACCAAUUCGUGAACCACCAGCAAGUGAACCAUAGAUUGUAAUUUGAAAAUUGCGAAACAGACUAUAUACUUUGCUUCACAUGCUUCUUUAUCAGAUGGGUAUUGUGAUAACUGCAGCAGUAACCGCAUACUGGUCUGGCUUUGUAUGUAAAAAAGGGGGUGAGGAAAUGAACAGGUGCUGCUGAAAAGAGGCUCCUGAGAUCCUUGCUUGGUCAAAGUCUUGGGACCCAAUGGUUUAAUUAUUGUAAAACAUGGGAUAAGACAGAAUAAGCCUUUUCAAAUCUAGCAUGAUUAUAACAUCAAUAUCAACAGUGACACUUGAUUUCACCGAGUGUAUUAAUGAUUCUUAUACAACAGUUGAGGAUAAAAAGGAGAUUCAUCUGAUUAAUAAUUCUUCUUUUUUUAUACAUUAGCUUCCUAUCUUUAGAAAGUACUAAAAAAAUUCACAUUAAAAUUUCGGACAUUAGCUUAUGGGGUCAAGUCAUUUCACUGCAUGCAUGUGAUCUAGCUAUCAA